CAUGGCAUGUCCCAUACGUGCCUCGGGUGUCCCUGGCGUGUCACGUGUCCCCGUAGGUUCCGACAAGGAUAUGGCGAUCUCUAGCUGUCGGUGCUUCAUAGUUGUGCACCAUGUUUGUAUUUCGGUUCCUUGCAAGCCUAAUGCUAGUUUUCUUGUUUGAGGAAUUCAACAUGCUUGCGUUAUCUACAGAUAUCACAUUACUUUUGACUAAUCGGAUGUCCGACUAGCUUACAACACCUCUGGCUAACCCUGGGAUCCUAUAGUUCACAACUGAGCAAACGGCCCCAUGAAUUUUUGCUAGCAAUGAAAAUAGAACCUGUGAGCUUGGGAGUACGCCCCUUACUGUACCACUCAACUUCAGCACGCAAUCCCCGCAGGCAAGCAAUGGCUAUUGCUGUGAAACCUGAAAAGGAAGUCACAACGAAAAGCAGAUUUCCUACUACUCAAAGGCGAGUGGUUGUGACAGGGAUGGGUGUGGAGACUUCUCUUGGUCGUGACCCAGAUAUAUUUUACAAUAAUCUGCUUGAAGGUGUUAGCGGCAUCAGUGAAAUUGAGGGCUUUGACUGUGCCCAGUUUCCAACUAGAAUUGCAGGAGAGAUCAAGAAUUUCUCAACGGAUGGUUGGGUUGACCCUAAACAGGUCAAAAGGCUGGAUAAAUUCAUGCUUUUUGUGCUCACCGCUGGUAAGAAAGCAUUGGCAAAUGGUGGCAUUACAGAAGAGGUAAUGAAGGAGUUAGAUAAAGCUCGAUGUGGGGUUUUGAUUGGCUCGGGCAUGGGUGGCAUGCAGGUUUUCAAUGAUGCUAUUAAAGCUCUAAGCGUCUCAUACAAAAAGAUGAGUCCUUUCUGUGUACCUUUCGUGUCUACAAACAUGGGGUCUGCCCUCCUUGGAGUGGAUUUGGGUUGGAUGGGCCCCAACUAUUCGAUCUCUACUGCUUGUGCGACAAGUAACCACUGCAUAUUAAGUGCCGCAAACCAUAUCAUCAGAGGUGAAGCUGACAUGAUGCUCAGUGGUGGCUCAGAUGCUUGUAUCAUACCUAUUGGAAUUGGAGGUUUUGUGGCAUGUCGAGCACUUUCUCAGAGAAAUAGUGAUCCUACAAAAGCUUCCCGUCCAUGGGACAAAGGCCGUGAUGGGUUUGUGAUGGGAGAAGGAGCUGGAGCUCUGCUUCUGGAAGAACUAGAGCAUGCUAAGAAAAGAGGUGCAAAGAUCUAUGCAGAAGUUCUGGGUGGAAGCUUCACUUGUGAUGCUUACCACAUGACAGAGCCCCAUCCUGAAGGGGCCGGUGUUAUACUAUGUAUAGAGAGGGCCUUAUCCCAGUCUGGGGUAUCCAGAGAAGAGGUGAACUACAUAAAUGCACAUGGUACAUCGACGCCGGCUGGAGACCUAAAGGAGUACCAAGCCCUUGUUCGUUGUUUUGGCCAGAACCCUGAGUUAAAAGUGAACUCUACCAAAUCUAUGAUAGGUCACCUACUAGGCGCAGCUGGAGCCGUUGAAGCUGUUGCUACUGUGCAGGCAAUACAGACAGGGUGGGUUCAUCCAAAUAUUAAUCUUGAGAAUCCGGAUGAAGGCGUGGACACUAACAUGCUGGUUGGUCCAAGGAAGGAGAGACUGGAUAUUAAGGUGGCGAUGUCUAAUUCCUUUGGUUUUGGCGGCCACAACUCUGCGAUCUUAUUUUCUCCUUACAACUAAACUGUCAAGCUUCUCCAACCUGGCUUGAAAUGAUUCCAAAGGCAUAUUGAGUAUGUAAAUGCAUAUUUUGAGUUACCCACGGGAGUUGCAAUAUGAGAAAACUAGCACCUAUGUCAUCAUUGUAACAAGAGUUCAUCUUUUCUCCUCUUUUGUGGCUUGAUGAUGUUAUAAAGCUACUUCGUGGUAUUGAAUUACAAUAAUCAGAGGAGGAAACUAAUAAUCAUUUGUAUUCAGUUUAGCACGUAUGAAAGUAGUGAAGAAAUUUUGUGUUA